CUUCUUUUCAACGUGACGGAGGAGAGGAGCAAGAGUCCCGCCCUGGUCAGGAUUAAUAUACAAAAGCGUUGCGUUUCGCGUCGCGAAGCCAGUGUCUCCGAGCUCAUCGGUGUUGCGGCCUCGAUUUUGUGUCGCCGGUCAACUCUGCAGCGGUCCAGAUGAAUUGUGCCUGAAGGCUCGGAAAGCUUCAAAAAGACCAGUUGCCCUUCUGCACAAAGCUGAAGCCAAAUAACUUGAUUGUCCGUCUAGGCUCACUGUCGAACGUCAGCCCGUCCCGACUCUCCAUCGCUUAGCCAGGUCUAGGAUGGGGUCCUUUCUGUCCUUCGUAAAGCGAGUAUAUCGCGUGUUCUACCCCCUAACCGUGCCGAAGAGCCAGGACGCUCUCCGAUUCGGCAUCCUUGGAGCGGCCAACAUAGGGUGCGCGCUGUGUGCGCCUCACGAGUUGAAUUGCGGUUUCUGACACGUAGCCUGUAGCCCUCAAGGACUCAUACUGCCGGCAAAGUCCCAUCCGGAGGUGAUCGUGGCUGCGGUUGCCGCGCGCGACGUCAAGAAAGCCGAGGAGUACGCGAAGAAGCACGGGAUUCCUAUCGUGCACAAAACGUACGACGGUGAGGACGAGUCCGUGUCGUCACAAUCCGUUGAAGACUGACAGAUUCGUCGUCUCGACAGACUUGAUCAACGAUCCGAGCAUCGACUGCAUCUACAAUCCUCAGCCCAUCGGUUUGCACUACGAGUGGACUCUUAAGGCCUUGAAAGCCGGAAAGCAUGUCUUGCUGGAGAAGCCGUCGGUGUCGAACGGCGAAGAGGCCAGAUCUUUGUUCCGACAUCCGGUGCUCUCAAAGCAAGAUGCUCCCGUCUUGCUGGAGGCAUUCCACUACCCCUUCCAUCCUGCAUGGCAGACAUUCCUGACACUCUUCGACCCCGCGGAUGUCGAAGAAGUCGUCGUCACAAACGUUUUAUUUGCCGGAGUCUUCCCGCUGGACGACAUCCGGUUCAUCUACUCGCUCUCGGGCGGGACACUGAUGGACUAUGGCACGUAUGCCGUUAGCUGCGUCCGCGCAGUUUUCGCCGCGGAGCCCACGCUCGUUCGAGCUGCUACUUAUCGACCGAUGCCCAAUGGAUACGACCAGAAGUGCGACGAAGCCUUCUAUGCAGAGUACGAGUUCCCGAACGGCGGCGUCGCGAAGAUCACGACGGACCUGCAGGCCAGGGGAGGCUGGUGGUUUCCCUCGCUGACGGCAAACUGGCCUAGGCCAGUGGACCCGGUCCCGACGCUGCGUCUGACGCUGAGGGCCAAGGACGACGGUCUCGAGGGCGACUUCCAGAAGCGGUCGCAAAAGACGAUCUUCUUUUACGGCUACAUGGGACCCCACUUGUAUCACCGGAUCGACAUCACCACCACCACCGAGCUCAGGAACCCGCAGGACGGGAAGGUCGUGAAGACGAACGCAAGCACCGAGCGUAAGAAGGUGUACAAAUGGCCGCCCGGUUCGGAUAGACGGACAGGCGAGGAGUUUUGGUCGACGUAUCGAUAUCAGCUCGAGGAGUUUGUCAACCGGGUCAAGAAGAGGCCGGGUUCUGGCGUGUGGAUCGAGCCGGAGAACUCAAUGCGACAGAUGGAGAUGAUCGAUGCUACGUAUCUUAAAGCGGGCCUACCAACAAGACCCACGAGUAAGGCACUCGAGCGUUGACUGGUGCCAGAAAUAAGCGCACAAAUCUGCGAGUCGAUUACUGCUUUGGAGGAGCAGAUUUGUGAAAGGUGCGUUCUCUUCGUUGAUCUAUGGUGUCUCUGCUCGGCGAUCAAGGCUUUCUACUGUUCGAAAAUUACGAAUCUCAUGAUCAAGUUCUUUCAAAGGACUUCCGUUGAAUGAAGAUGAGGAGAAGAAAGAAAAAUGAGGGGGGAGAAAAAGUAAGAAAAUCGUGUGGUAAAAUGGGAUGUAAGUUUUAAGCGUACUUUUGCUUCCGUGUGCGAGUAGUAUACAAACACGCGCAGUGGUCUGUCAACGAGAUUUAAAUUGUUUGGCGAUACAAUACAGAAGGCGGAUGAAGAGGCUCCUCGCAGGACAAUGUCUACCCCCAAGCUAUUCAAUGGAAAAUUGACUUACG